GCCGCAAACGGUCAUAAAUAUUUUCGCACGUACAACUCGAUGUUCAGUUCGGCAUAAGAAACAAGGAUAAUGUGUGAAAUUCGACCACAGGGACUGAAUUAUGAGGUCGACAUAGCGAAAAAGUCGAGAUAGAAAAAUCGACACAAGCAGUUUUAUUUCAUAUAGAAUAAGAAGGAAUAAAUUCGGGACCGGAGAAAAAAGUCGACACAACCGUAAAGUCGAGAUAUCCGACGUCGACAUAGCGAGUUUGGACUGUAUAACAAUUCAACGAAUUUAUUUUAAUGCGGUUUAAUCAGUGUUCUACUGAACUACUAGACAGCUCAUUUCCAUGUAGCUGACACACAUUGAAAGUCAAGAGAGCGAUCUGUAUAAGACUACCAUGGGUCUAUUGAGUUCCUAUACCGUUCCCAUUCCAAUGGCUUUGUCGACAGUUCAUUGUAGCUCGCCUGUACCAUGGAAGUGAAUGUGGCAGCCUUGGUAGUGCUCAUAUGUUUCUAUUUGGUGAUCCUCGUGGUUGGUGUCCUUGCCGCACGGUGGAAGGGACACACUGGUCAACCAAGUCUAGAAUCAUCGAUUGUGGCUGAUAGGAACAUUCCAACAUCGGUUGGCAUCUUUACCAUGACUGCCACUAUAGUGGGAGGCGGCUAUGUGAACGGUACAGCAGAGUCGGUAGCCACGGGCGGUCUGUUGUGGACCCUAGUACCUUUUGGAAUCUUCCUCGGUCUAAUUACAGGCGGUCUGGUUUAUGCAGGACCAAUGCGAGAGCGGAACUACAUGACCAUGUUGGACCCCUUUUACGAGCGGUUUGGCAGUGUGGUGGUGUUUCUGGUCUACCUAGCUUCUCUUGUCGGUGACCUGUUCUGGACGGCAUCCAUUCUCAUCGCACUUGGUACCAGUUUAAGCGUCAUCAUCAACAUUGAGCUGACCGUUGCCAUAGUUACGUCUGCUGGUGUCACGGUCGCGUACACGAUGGUGGGUCAGAUGAUCAGUGUGGCGUACACAGAUGUCGUGCAACUGUUCUUCAUCAUGUUCGGAUUGGCACUUAGCAUCCCGUUUGUGCUGACAAACGAACAUGUUGGCAGUAUUAAAGCCACAAGUGAUGUUUGGGUGGGCGAGCUACCUUCAUCAGCGGUUCUUCCGUGGAUUGACCUCUUCAUAGCUAUGACAUUUGGAACUAUCCCCUGGCAGUCGUACAUGCAACGUGUGUUAUCCGUGAAGGGCAAGCGCCAGGCUCAAGUUCUCUCGGUCGUUGGUGGAUGUCUUUCUCUCAUCCUGGUUGUGCCGUCCAUCAUCAUAGGAGCCGCCAGCACUUCUGCCGACUGGAAAGCGACCAGCUUAGGCGUGUCCCCGUUGGACGCUGACAAGUCUAGCAUGGUGCUUCCCUAUGUGUUGAACGAGUUUACCCCGAAAGCUGUCUCCAUUCUAGGUCUGGGAGCAAUCUCCGCAGCAGUGAUGUCGUCCAUGGACAGCUCGAUUCUAGGCUCCAGCUCCAUGUUUACAUAUAACAUCUACAGACAGAUCUUCAGACCUCAGGCUUCUCCUGUUGAACUCCUGUGGGCUCAAAGAUUGGCUAUUCUGGUGUUAGGAGUGGUUGCCACUGGAAUUUCGCUCCACGUGCCAAUCAUCUACGGACUGUUCGUCAUGGCCGGAGACAUUGUGUUUGUUAUUGUGCUGCCACAACUUACGUGUGCCCUGUUUGUGCCUAUGUCUAAUGGGUAUGGGGCUGUGUGUGGAUAUGUUUUGGGCAUUGUGCUGAGAAUUGGGGCUGGGGAGCCCUUCCUUAACCUUGACCCAUAUAUCCGAUAUCCCUCUUACAGUGAGACUGAUGGUCAGGUAUUUCCAUUCAGGGUGUUUACGGUAUGCUGUACGUUUAUAACUAUGAUAGGCGUGUCAUUUGUGGCAAAUAUUUUGUUUAGGAAGGACAUUCUGCCCGAAUACUUUGACAUUUUGCGAAACUUUAAAAGGGAAGCGGGGGGUUCGUCUGCAAGCCUCGGUUUGGACCAACAUCAUCCAGUCGUCAAGAGUUUCCACGAGAACCCCUCAUACAGAGUUUCCACGCAUAUGUAAUAUUGACAGACAGGAAUAUGAUUAUUUCAAACGCCUUACCAUAGUAAAGCUAUAUUGAUCAAUGCCUGUUUAUAAGUACAUCUACCCAAAAAGAUUCUACAUCUAAUCUCAGACUGGCUUUUUUUAAUUGCAGACAAUGUAUGUGAUGGUCGUUCAGUUAAUAAAGUGUUAUACCUAUUCCUAUGUACUCUCAAUGACAUGUCUUAAACGUUUCCUAAUUGUUGAUCUGUUUUUAAUAACAUUAAAGGCGGUAUACAUGCACCUCACUAAACAUAUCCCUUCUAUACGUAUACUGUCAAUCAGUCCUGACUGGUAAAUAU